ACACAAUCGGGACACUAACUAAAGCCAAGAAACACACCAAAUUAAAUAUAGCUACAAGAAGAAGAAUACUAGCAGGAGGCGUUCAUAUCAAUACAAUUUUAGAAAAAUUUGUCUAUAAGGUUGACGUGGACUGAGCUAAGAUAAGGAUGCUGGGAUGGAAGGUGGCAUAGGAUUCAUGUGCAUACCAUGUGUGUGUUGUUGAAAAUAAAUAAAAAUAAAGCAAGGUAUUACAACGGCUCUCUCACGCGCGCAGGGGGGUGUGCGAAUCAAAUCCCGAAACCGAAGAACAAAAACCGCGACUUGCGUGUGCGAGCGACCUGCACACACGAAUGCCGUCCGAAAACGUAUCUUCUAAAGAUAGCGUUAAUUUUUGUUCUUCCGGUCAUACAGAGAAUGGUACAAUCGAGGAGGAAAACAUGGAAGGAUUUACACAAGUCAAAAGAAGAAGUAAAAACAAUAUCUCCAAAAUCUCUCCUAACAAAGCAAUUCAACAAUACUACCAGAUCAGAUACUCAUAUCAUCCUAUGAUUACCAGAAGGUACUCAAAAAAACCUCAAAACGAAAUGGACUACUUUCUCCACCCAGUGGACGAGAGGUUUGAUUCUCCGCAUAAACUAGCCGCAACUCUCCAGCAAUUCAAAGUAACUCAUCCGGAAGAAACAAUAUUCAGGCCUUAUCUCCGGAAAGCCAUCAAAUUUCACAACAGAUUUAACAAAUCCAUUUUUGCUUCUGUUGGAAUUCCCUCAAAAAAAUUAAUUGUUGAUGUAAUUUUAUUUUUAUUCCUACUAUUUAUCUUGUUCUUCCUAUUUCACAUUUUUAAUCUGAACUCUAUUGUACUCAUAAUCUUAUUUUAAUAAAUUAGGGAGGUGUUCCCCGGC